AUGGCACAGAGUCCUCGAGGCAACAAGCAGAGAGCAGUAGCAGCAGCAGGCUCAGACGAGAAAGCCGCGUCCUCCAGCUUCCUGGCCGAGCUUGACCACGCACUGGAGAGCCGGUCAGUCAGUUGGUUACAGGCCGUGGAGUCUCUCAGCCAGAAUCCGUCAACCGAACCGCCAGGUCACGGGAUCACCAAGUCGAUCGAACAGACAACCAUUCACCACAACACAGAUCAGAAAGAUAACAACACAGCGGGAUGUGACGAAAGCAACACCGCCUUUGACAACGAUAUCUCUGGUUUCGAAAGCAGUGGUGCCAGUACGUUCUUCCCCUACACAACCAUCACUCCAUCCCUCCAUGCCCCUCUCACCUCUACUUUCAUCCAUACCCAGUACGAUGGGUCGUCCAGCCAGACUAAUGGAGUCCGUUGGACAACCUACAGGCAGUCAAGAAGAUGUCUCAGUAGACAGGAGAUCUCGCGCUGA